CACUUUGACGACGAGUCAUUUGUUUUAUUGUUUGUUUUUGUGAUUCGACAAUUGAAUUUGAUUUUUAUUUUAUAAAAAAAAAUGGAAAUCGAUAAUAAAUCUGAUUCCAGUGAUGAUUCAGAUUAUGAUCCAGAUAAAUCCGUCGGAUCAGAUGAACAAUGUGAUGAAGAUGAUGAUGAAGAAAGCUCGAUGAACGAGAGCGAUGAUUAUGAAGAUGACGACGACUAUGAUGAUAAUUGUGAUGGCGAUGAUGAAUCCGAUGACGACCAAGACGAAGAUUGUGAUAAUUCUGAAUUGAAAUCAUCAUAUAUGCCCGAUGUAAUUGAUCAAAUUGUCGAUGGUCGUGUUAAAAUCGAAGUAAAAGAUGAGAAUAAUCCCGAAAAUGAACAAGAUGACGAUGUGCUGCCAAUGAUUGAUGAAUUUGAUCUCGAACGUUAUCGUAUUUGGAAAAAGAAUUGCCAAUUUUUAUAUGAUUUAAUCAUUACAAAUCGUUUGGAAUGGCCGUCGAUUACCGUUCAAUGGUGUCAUUCGAAACAAACGAAAACCAAUCCAUACAAUAAUCGCGAAUACUCAACAGAUAAAUUAUUGUUCGGUACUCAUGUGGAUGAAAAUAAUCAAAAUCAUUUGAUUGUCGCUACACAACACACACCGAUUAUUGAUCGUAAUCAAAUUGCUGCUUGUGAAGGUGGUGUUUCACAUACUAAAUAUGCUAAACUUGAAAAUUAUGUCCGUAUCAUUCAUGAUGGUGAUAUCAAUCGAGCUCGUUAUAAUCCGCAAAAUUCAUUCAUUAUUGCUACAUCAUCUUCUUCGGCCAAAAAUUAUAUUUUCGAUUAUUCUAAACAUCCAUCUGAACCUGCUAGUAAAGAAUUUAAACCAGAAUUAAUUUUAGAUCAUCAUCAACAAGAAGGUUAUGGUCUGUGUUGGAACACCAGGAAAAGUAAUAUUCUGGCUACUGGAUCACAAGAUGAAAAAAUCUGUAUCUGGGAUAUUAAUUCGAAUCCAUCGAAAUCGAAAACUUUGACACCGGUUCACUCAUUUAAAGCACAUGGAAGUGUUAAUGAUGUUAAAUGGCAUUAUUAUCAUGAAUCAUAUCUAGGAUCGGUCGGCAAUGAUAAAAUGUUGAAAUUUUGGGAUUCUCGUAUGAAUGGCGAAAUCAAAGCAGCUUUUUGUAGCCGUGUCCAUAAUGAAGGUGUGAAUUCUUUGUCAUUCAAUCAAUUUUGUGAAUAUGUCAUACUAACCGGAUCAGAUGAUCAUACUGUUGGUUUAUUCGAUAUUCGAAAUCUGAAACACCGUUUACAUUCAUUUGAUGCACAUCGUGAUGAAGUACUUGAUGUUAAUUGGUCACCAUAUGGUGAAACAGUAUUUGCAUCAAGUAGCCGUGAUAAACGGUUGAUAAUAUGGGAUAUGACCAAAAUCAAUGCACCACAAUCGAUUCAAGCUGCCCAGGAAGGUCCGCCUGAAAUGAUAUUUAUUCAUGGUGGACAUACGGAUAUUAUACAGGAUUUUAGUUGGCAUCCACAUAAUCAAUUGAUAGCAUCGGUAUCGGCAAACAAUGAAUUACAUGUAUUCAAACCAUCCAUUGAUAUCAAAUUAUCAAUAUGAUGACCUUGAAAUAUUUGAUCAUUUUUUAUGAUGAACUAAUCUUUCUAAAAUUAUCGUUUCAUUUUUUUUUCUUUAAUAAAAAUCAAAAAUUGAUU